GUGAUGUGAUUUACACAGUACAAACUUUAAUUAAAAAGAAGAAGAAAUAUUCGAAAUAGAUUUUCAAAUUAAAGCAGAAGAGACCCUUUCUCGUCAUUUCGUCGUUUCUUUUUGAGACACAUCACUUUUUUUUUUAACAUUUUCGCUUUUUUCGUCCACCUCUCUCUCUCUCUCCUUCUUGACUUCUGUUCAGACUCUCAAGCGCGCCUGCGAGCUUCCCUGAGCACAGAGAGAGAGAGAGAGAAAGAGGUUGAAGAAAGCAUUCACAAACCCCUAGAGACUCGUUGUUACUGAUUCCCAUGGAGAAGAAUCUCUCCCACCACCACUCUCGUAACCACUCUCUCCCUAAGAAACCUCACAACAACGGUAACGGCGUUUACACCUCCUCCGUCAAAACAUCAAACACCGUUACAACAACCACAACAUACGACGACGUUUUCGGCGGCCCGCCUCGUUUCGGGCCCCCGACUCUAUCCCCCCGCCUGGAAGACUACUGCGAAAUCUUCUCCGGCUUCAACGGCUCCUCACGCGCCGCCGUCUCCUCGAUUCCAAUCCUCGAUCUCCCCCUCGAUAAAGGCCUCUCCUUUGACGUCCGGAGAGAGAGCUUCGACUACCGCGAAGUCUUCGGAGGCUUCGACGGUCUCGAUUCAGCUCCCUCGUACGAUGAGCUCUUUAUCCAGAGGGACACGGUGGCUGACGGAGAUUCCUCCGACGGUGCUUGGACUCCUGAGGAAGAAGAAGAAGUGGAGGAGAAAAGUCCUUCCUUUUCUAACGGAAGAGAUUCGUUUGAUUCGAUUGAGUUCAACAUCUCUUACCACAAAGCUAAUCAGGUGAACAACGGCACGAGCGUCUCACGUGUAGCGCCUGAUCUUGGUUGUACUGUUGCGGUUGAUGAGAUGGUUGGUGGAAGUGGAAGUGGGAGAGGGAAGGUUAAUAAAGAGACGGGUCCCUCUUCUUCUGUUGCUGCCUUUGAAGACAAGAAUGGUGAUCAGAAGUAUCAUAGUGGAGCUACUACGUCUUGUCUUAGUGAACCUUUUGUGACGGUUUCUGAGAUUGGGUUGAAGACUCAUCCUACUGGGAUACCGCCUCCUUCGAGACCGCCUCCUGUGUUGUUGAAGAGUGAUUUUAGGAGGUCGGGUUCUAAUUCUAGGACUACUGGAUCUGAAGGGUCUAGUUGUUCUCCACCGUUCUUUGAUGUUGAGGUGGAUGCGAGUUCGGCUGCUGUGAGGGAAGCUAUGGUUAAAGCUGAGGCAAAACUUAAAAGUGCAAAAGAGGUGUUUGAGAGGAAGCAAACCUCCGUGAACAAUAAGAGUGGAAGUAAGUCUCUGUCUUCUCAAGGGUCUGGAAACUCUGAUGGAAAUGAGGAAUGGGAAGAGGCUACACAGUUUGUUGAGCUGGUGAGAACAGAGCAGCCUAGAAACGCUGAUGAGAACAGCGGUGGAGAAGAUGUUUCUUUUCCUCGUAGUGCAGGGUUCUUCGACCAGAAGCUAAUAUGGGGAGGUAAUGUUGGCAACAAGUUGGAGGAUCAUGAAGCCAACAAGUUGCCAAAACACCCUAGAACGAAAAAGGUAGCGUCUAGGCAUAAGAGACAUGAGGACAGACUUGCAGAAAAAGCUCCUGAAGAGACAAAUAAUGAGAAGUUGAGAGACGUUGAGCUGCAAUUUGAGAUAGGCAACAACUUAACUGAGCAUGGUGGAAGUAGGCCAGAAGAAAACAAGCGCUUUCUUGAAAAACUUGCAAAGCAAAAGAAGAAAUUGCACUCUGAAGAGAAAACAAAGCGCCUACAUAAUCAACAAUCAGAUAGAAGAUCAGACCGGAAUGCAGCUGAAAAGGAUCAUGAUCAUGUGUUUGAUUGGGAACAAAAUGCGAGAAAGCUAAGAGAGGCACUUGGUCUAUCAGAUAAUGAAAGCACUCUAGAGGUUCCCCUUGGAACGAAUGGCAAAAUGGAAGAGAGUGAGAGAAAACUGAAGGAGGCCUUGAGGCGGAUAGAGGAAGAAACUAGCUCUAAAGAGGCUAGUUUAAAGGAAGAAAAAGAAGCUUUUCAGAAGGGGGAAAAUGAGAAAAGACUAAAGGCAGCUUUGGAGCAAGAAGAGAAGCUCAAGAAGCUUAAAGAAGAGAAUGAACGGAGAGAGGCAGAUGCUCGCGAAAAGGCAGAGCAAGAAAGGAGAAGGAAAGAACAAGAAGAGUAUGAAUUGCGGCUAAAAGAAGCCUUUGAAAAGGAAGAAGAAAACCGUAGAAUGAGAGAGGCUCGCGAGAAGGCAGCAGAAGAAGAAAGGAGAAGGAAAGAACAAGAAGAGUAUGAAAGGAGGCUAAAAGAAGCUUUUGAAAAGGAAGAAAAGAACCGUAGAAUGAGAGAGGCCCGUGAGAAGGCAGAAGCAGAGAAUGAAAGGAAAAUGAAAGAAGCACGUGAAAAGGAAGAAAACGAACGGAGAAGGAUAAAAGAGGCUCAUGAGAAGGCAGAGGUGGAGCGUAGGAUGAAGGAAACUCUUGAACGAGAAGAGAAGGAAAGGCAGAUUAAAGAGUUGCAAGAGAGGAGAGCCACAGAGGCUCUUGAGCAGGCAGAGAACGAGAGGAAGCUGAAAGAGGCACGUGAGAAAGAGGAGAAUGAGAAGAAGCUGAAAGAAGCUAUUGAGCUAGAAGAGAAAGAGAAAAGGCUGAUAGAAGCUUUUGAGAGGGCGGAGACUGAGAGAAGACUGAAAGAAGAGCUUGAACAAGAAGAUAUGAGGCUGCAAGAGGCCAAGGAAAGAGAAGAAAGAGAAAGAACACAGAGAGAAAAUCAAGACCGCCAGGAAAAGGAGAGAGACGAGAGACAAGAAGACACAUGUGAAAUGGAGAAAACGUGUGAAACCACCAGUGAGGCUUUGGAAGAGGAUGAGAGAGUAGACAACCACGAACCAGUGAACAAGGUCAUAGUGGAAGAAGAAGAAGAAGGACCAAGCUCUGUGUCCGAAGAAGCCUGUCACUGGAAGGUGUUUGAAAAGAAUCUUAAAGACGCGAGCCAAAAAGAAGGAACCAAUGAGCUGGAUACUGAAUCUGAGAAGCUAAACGGAGAAGAAUCACGUGAGGAGACGUCCCCUUUUGUGACUGAAGGAAACCUCAACCAGAAGAGCAAAACAGUUGAAGAAAGAUCAGAAGACGAGAAACUCGUCAAAAACGCAAGUGUUGGCGGUGCCAAACUAGAAAGACCACUGCCAUCUCAAGUAUUCAUGCAACGGGAGAAAGAAGCAGAGAGGCUAAAGCGAGAGCUAGACACCAAGAUGGAGAAUCUAAGAAAGAUAGAGGAAGAAAGGGAGAGGGAAAGAGAAAGGGAGAAGGACCGAAUGGCAUUUGAUCAGAGAGCCUUAGCUGACGCACGCGAAAGACUAGAGAAAGCAUGCGCCGAGGCCAGAGAAAGGUCUUUCCCUUCAACGGAGGCUAGACUCAGAGCAGAACGUGCAGCAGUGGAGAGAGCCACCGCUGAAGCUCGCGAACGCGCAGCUGAAAAAGCUGCUUUUGAGGCGAGAGAUCGAAUGGAGAGAUCAGUUUCUGAUAAGCAGUUAGGUUCUUUUGGUGAGCGAACCGAGAAGCAGUUUCAGAACUCAGCCUCUUUUGGUGCUUUAAGAUAUCAAAACUCUCCUGGUGCUGAUGGUGAAUCACCUCAAAGGUAUACAUCGAGACUAGAAAGGCAUCGAAGAACAGCUGAUCGUGUGGCUAAAGCUUUAGCAGAGAAGAACAUGCGUGAUCUCGUGGCUCAGAGAGAGCAAGCAGAGAGAGUUAGAAUCGCUGAAACCUUAGACGCUGAAGUAAAGAGAUGGUCAAGUGGGAAAGAAGGGAACAUAAGAGCAUUACUCUCAACAUUACAAUACAUCCUUGGUUCUGAAAGCGGUUGGCAACCGUUACCGUUAACAGAAGUCAUAACAUCAGCAGCUGUGAAACGAGCUUACAGGAAAGCAACGCUUUGUGUUCAUCCAGAUAAGUUGCAGCAACGAGGUGCAAACAUUCACCAGAAAUAUAUCUGCGAGAAGGUCUUUGAUCUUCUCAAGGAAGCUUGGAACAGAUUCAACUCUGAAGAAAGGUAGAGAGAGUCCUUGGUAUAUGCUCAGAAGGCUUGAUUUUUUUUUUCGUUUUUUUCUCUUUUUAUAUAAAAAUUUGUAAAGUCUUGCUUCUUGACAAAACAAUUAUUCAAUUUAAUCUGACCAAGCUUUGAACAAUGAAAACGUGUUUAUUCGUUUAUUUGACUUAA